AUGGAACCAAUUUCCCUUAACUCUCAUGGGUUCGUUAACCUCCUUGCCUCCCAGAGCAGUCAACCAAUAGAUAUUGGUUGUUCUGAGGUUCCAAAACCUGCGGAAAGGCGGAAGUGGACAACCAAAGAAGAUGUGGUGCUGAUCAGUGCUUGGUUGAACACCAGCAAGGAUCCAAUCGUGAGUAAUGAGCAGAAGGCUGGCUCAUUUUGGAAGCGCAUAGAGGAGUGUGUGAAUGCAAGCCCUCUGCUUGUUGGCUCCGUUCCUAGGGAGUGGAGUCAAUGUAAGCAGAGGUGGGGUAGGGUUAAUGAACAGGUUUGCAAGUUCGUGGGAUGUCACGAAGCUGCUUUGAAGAAGCAAGCCAGUGGACAAACUGAGAAUGAUGUCAUGAAGGCGGCUCAUGACAUCUUCUUUAAUGACUACAAUGCCAAGUUCACUCUUGAACAUUGUUGGAGGGAGCUUCGGUUUGAUCAAAAAUGGAGAUCCCACACUUCGACACGAGAUGGUGCAAAGGAGAAGAGGAAGGAACCUGCGGAAGAGGUGGGUGGCGAGCAAGAUGUUAGGCCUCCCGGUGUGAAGGCUUCCAAAGCAGCAAAACGCAAGAAACACUUCAAUGAACCAGCGUUUGAUCAGAUAGAGAGCAUUUUAGAGGCAAAGAAUAACUUAUCCAAACACAAACUCCUAGAUAGGUUGCUAGGAAAAAAUGCAGAAACUCUUUCUGAUCAAGAAAUAGCUCUAAAAAACAAACUCAUUUCAGAAAUGCUUUAA